CGACACGACGCACUCUGUCUGCACGAAUCGGAAUCAAAAAAUGAAAACAUUUCAAGAGAGAGAGCGAGGGAAAGAGUCAAAUGGUUUGACAGAGCUGGUUUUAUCGCUCAAAGUACAACUUGUCAAUUUGUUUUUGUUCAUUCGUCUCAUUUCUAAUACGAAAUGGUUUAAUUUUGUUUUGUUAAUAGUUUGUGAAUAGAUAAGUCCCACGGAACGACCGAUUGAAGCACGGGAAAUGUGUAGAACAGUUUAGUCAAUUUGUUUCCAUAUAAAUAAAUCAUUCUUCAUCAAAAUGUACACCCUUAUGCAUGGUUUCUACAAAUAUAUGGUACAAAAAGAUGAAUACUGUGUCCUAAUUCUUGGCCUAGAUGACGCGGGCAAAACGACGUACCUGGAAGCGGCCAAAACGAAACUCACAAAGAAUUACAAGGGAAUGAAUCCGAAGCACAUAACAACGACUGUCGGUCUAAACAUUGGCCAAAUCGAUAUAUCGGGCAUUCGAUUGAGUUUUUGGGAUUUGGGCGGACAAAGUGAAUUGCAAUCUCUGUGGGAUAAAUACUACCAAGAGUCACAUGCAAUAAUUUAUGUUGUUGAUUCACACGAUCGUGAGCGAAUGGAAGAAUCAAAAGCGGUUUUCGAUAAAAUGAUUUGUAAUGAACAUUUGGCCGGCAUUCCAUUGCUGUUGUUAGCAAACAAACAAGACUUGCCCGAUUGCAUGGGCGUACGAGAGAUUAAACCAGUAUUCCAGCAGUCAGCCAUUCACAUUGGACGACGUGAUUGUUUGGUGAUGCCCGUUUCAGCGUUGACUGGUGAAGGUGUACAAGAAGGCAUUCAAUGGUUGGUUGAAGCAAUUCUGAGGAACAGUGUCGUUCGAUUGCCGCGUGUUAAAGAUUAACUCAAGCUUCGCAUCUAUUUUCUUUGUAAUUUGUUUGAAUAACGUA